GUUAUCAAAAUAAUUAAGCAUGAGCUCAUGCCUUAUUAUCUUGUUUUAGUCUAUGUCUAUGUACUUGUGUACUACCUCCAGGUCCCAGAGGGGGGCGACAGUUUUGAGACAGGCUACCUUAACAGCCCCUUAGUUGUACUGGAUCAAAACUGUCCUCCUCUGUGAGUCCGUACUGGGUUUCACAAGUAGUGAGGUAUUGUUCUUUCUUUGUUUAUUCCGCUUUAGAAGAGGUUGUAGUUUUGCGAGAAGGAUACUGUUUUUGAUAUGGCAGUAUCUUCCGGGGAAUUUAAGGCAAAUAAAACUUUUUGGGGUGAAUGUCAAGGAAACCCUGUACCGACCCGCAGGGGGGUCAGGAAACGACCAGUUGGUUGACCUGGCGACACGGGUAGAAAAAAGGGGAAGUGAUGGUUGAUGUCGAUAAAUUGAAUUUUAGAGAAUCUGUCAGUUUUGUUGUAGGGCAACUCUAAAAGGAGAUCCUAAGAACGAGAUUGCUCACUGGUUGUUUUGAAGGAAUUUGAUUCUCCUCUACCCUGGCGCGAGGAGACACUUUCAGAUAGGUUUGGGAUAAGAAGAUGCGCGCAGACGUAUCUGUCCUGCUCGCGGAGUUGAGUAUUAUGUGGAGGCUGCUCUUGCAAAUGUCAAUAAAGGACCUAUUCAAGAGUGGCAGGAUAUAAACUCAAACGUUUUUGUAUGCGUUCCCUGAAGGUAAUUCUGGAAAACGUCUUCCCGAGUGACAACGACCCAAUCGGGUUAUUUAGGUUUGGGGAGAAGAAAAGAUUAGAAUAUUAAAGAUGUUGGAUGAGUAUGAUAAAGCAACACGGUCUCGAGAAUGAAUUAACGAUUAUCCUUAAAUGUUAUUUGACCACUGAAUUAAUGAUAGUCAUUAAUUCAUUGUCAUGCGCAAGGCGCGGAUGCUAAGGUGUUGUUGAUCACAUGGUUGACUACUCAAGCAUUCAAUUGCAAGCAUUGAAGCAAGCGAGGAUGACUGGUAAGCGAGACAAACCACAGACACCAAACAAGAAGAUAGUACCGCGGCUUAAGGCCUUUCCAGAAUGUGGUACAAAUUGUCCUACUGCAUGUCGCAGCUGCAAAAAUGAAAACUGCUCAUACAUUUUUGCAAAGAAGGUCAAGUCGAACCAUGAUGCUAUUGAAAAGAAAGGGACAACCAACCCAACCAAUCAGAAAGACAUGAUGUAUUAUAGGGCAGACGUCCUGCAUCAGAAACACCAAAAUGACAUUGUCAUUUUGACAUUUAAGAGACAUGGUCUGGGCACAACAGUGCUAUGGCACAGAAGGUGCCGGUGCAGCCUUUGUUGGGCACGAGGGGGAGAAGCCUGCCCAUGAACUUGGGAAAAUGGUUAAGAAAAUGUUUGAGACGUUUAUGGAAGGUGAGACUAAGGACUGGGAGACCACAAAACAUGGAACCCCUGGUCCAUGUACCACCUCCUUGGACCACCCCUAAAACUGCCUAAAAGCUGAGACAAAAUGAAUUUGUGUGAAUAAAUCUGGCACAUUAGAGACCCUAAAUGUCUGAUACAGUCCAAUAUUUAAUAUAACAGCAGUCUAUGUGCCUCUACCGCCAUCUUGGAACAUUAUCCACUAACCAUUCCUAAUGAAGGGUAUUAGAGGAAUAUAUGUUGUAGGGGUGUAAAGAAUGUCCCCACCCCAACCCAUUCUCCCAUAUCCUUUAUAAAGAGUUUGCUAUUUGUUUUUCUCUUCUCACUUCAAACUUUUUUCAUUUCUUACAUAAUUGAUCUUGACACAAUAUCAAAAUUUGUGUCCGCUCCACUAUUUUAUCAAAGCAUUAUUUCCAUUUUCAAGUUUUAGUUGCAUUAUUGAAUUUACAGUAACAAAAAUGUUUGGGUAAUUUUUAAUGAUGGCCGAAGUUGUUGAAAAAGGUUGUUUAAGCUUUGUUUUUUGUGUUUUAUCAUUGUCAUUAUUAUUGUUAUUCACACAACUGGCUUUCAAAAUGCUAUAAAAAAUUAGUCACAAAUAUGACU